AUGGCAGCUAAAAGUGUAUCAAGCACAUUAAAACGGCUCUUAUCGGAAAUUAAAAACAUAAGUUCAGAGACGAAUUACAAAGAUUCUUUGGCGGCUCAGUACAUCAACAGCCAGUUCCGUAAAUACGAGACGACAGAACAACAGCACUGUCGGGCUCGGGAGGAGAUGAAAUUCACCGCUGAAACAUACCUAUGCUAUCUAAGCAGCGUUAGGAAACUCAAAGAACUCAACGAAACGUAUAGCGGCAAAGGCGAACGAAGUAUCCGGGAAACGGCCGAUAUGGUUGGAUUCAAACUGCCCCACGAUCCGAAAUAACUGUGAGGUAUGAUGACUUGAACAAUAUAUUAACAAUAUUAUUACUA